GCCAGGCGGACGAAGGAAAUUGAUAAAGUAUUUAAGCCGUGGACAAAGUAUUGCUUGAUCCCUUCAAAUGUUGAAAGCUUGAAACUUAUAUUACAUAUACGUAAUUGGCGCUUAUAUUUGGUAAUUUAAAUGUUUAUUUUUAUAUUUGAUUGGUGUAUUUGUGUUUUUAUUUGUACACUAAAAAGCUUAUAGAAGAUAUUUUGGUUUAUUUGGUAUUUUUUUGUGUAGAUUGUAAUGAAUAUAUAAUUUUAGUGUUUUUGUUUUUUUUGGUUUAGGUUGUGUUUAAAUUUAGAGAAAAUUACUAGAAUGUUACACAUUUUAUGGUUUAUUACUAGAAUGUUGUAUAUCUUUGUUUUAUUACUAGAAUGUUUUCUCUUUCUUAGUAAUUUACAAUAAGGGGCUUUUGUUAUGUUUUAUUUUCUGAAACUAAUUUUAAAGAUCAAAGCCACAUCAGUUAUUAAAAAUCCACAUCACAUCAGUUAUUUUCUGAAACCAAACCGUCUCUAUCACUAUCACUAUCAUACAUACGGUUUUGUCCAAAAAAAAAAGAAAAGAACACGAAGAACUGUGUUGUGUCGAAGAAGGAACCGCAAACCGAAAUCCUCUCACCCUUCGAAACCCUCGUCGACAUUGUUCUUUACUUCUUCGAACUCUCUCUAACUCUCUGUCGUUGAACUCUCUAUAACUCUCUGUCGUUGAACUCUGUCUCGUCGGAGUUUUUAGAAACCGUCGUCUGUACGAAAUCGCCUUCACCGCAUUCUCAUCAACGAGUUCAUCUUUUCCGAUGGAUGUUAGUCAAGUCGAACCACGUGAUUACCCUCCAAGACUUUACCCUUCUAACCUAGAAGGUAAAGAUAUCAAUCAUAAUUUCCGUGCAGGACAUUUCCCCCACAUUAAAGAAACAAUAGGACUCGAUGUGUGGGAAGAACUGGUGAACUCUCCCAUUGGAGUAGUUGCUAGGCUACUUUCACGCGAAAGCAUUUGGUCUGGUAGGACCGUACACUAUCUGCUAUGUAGACAGCUGCGAGUGCAUAAAAAGGAGAUAUGGUCUGUUGUGGUUGAUGAUGUUAUCAGGUUUAGCUUGCUCGAGUUUGGUGAGAUCACUGGGUUAAACACAUGUCCAUUGCCAACAGAAAGUUUUGAACCUGAUCAAUACAAAGAGUUUUGGGAGGAGUUGAAGGUGCCGCUUGGGAUGGGACCCAAGUAUGAUGAGCUGAAGGCAGCAUUAGAGUUCUGUCCUGGUUGGAGUUUUGAAAAGCGUAAGUGGUUGGGGAUGUUAUUUCUUCAAGCCAUGGGACUGUACUGUUUGCAUCACAAUUCAAGGAUACCCUUUCAAAGUGCAAUAAGGGUAUUCGACGAUGAAGCCAUGAGGUCGUAUCCAUGGGGUCGGACUGCAUACGAAGUUCUUGUUGACUCUCUGAAAACACUGUGUCCAGAUGGAAAGUCAUACACAGUAAGCGGCAUGAAGGACGUUUUAUUGGUUUGGGCGUAUGAGUCCAUCGUCUGUUUCGGUGAGAAGUUUGGGAGAGUGGUCAACAAUGAAGACGUUCCUCUUUUGCGAUGGGGUGGAAGGCGUACACGUUCAAGUUUUGAUACUGUCUUGUCUGACGAAAUCAAAGAUCAUGGCGAGGUCCGUUUGAGGAGAAUGGUUAUGAAGGAGUCAACUGAAGAGAUGUUUCCUGUAUGGUCGGAUGAACCUGACGACCCACAACUCGUUAGGUUGGUAGAAGACAUACACGCAGGUAGAUACGUGAAAGGUUUCUGGGAAGUACAGAGGGAUGAGCAGGGGAAGGGGAAUGAGAAGAAGAAGAAGAAGAAAACGAAGGGAGUUUCAUCAGAAGCUGAGCCAUCAACAAAGAAGCAGAAGAAAGAAGCUGCUGAAACGAGAAAGAGUUCUAGCGAGGAGGAAGCUGUAUUGGACAAAGCGACUCUGACGAAUCUUGUGAGUGCUCUGCAGAAUAUUUCAGCAAAAUUUGACGCUUACGAUUUUGACCGGAACCGGCCAGUGAUGGACGAGAAGACCCUAGAUAACGUGGUGAAAGCUGUAGUGCAGCAGAGUCUGAAAGUUUUGGGGGAAAGGAAAAUUCCCGACAACGAUGCUAAACUCUCCUCCGCCGGCGUAGAAAAAUCUUUAUCGGUGACAUCAUCACCUCGUAGGAGGUCGCCACCGGAAAAGUCGGACAAAAGUCCAGUGGUAGAACCGCAGGCCCAGGAGGAGAAGUCUGUAAAAACUCCAGUGACAGAACCGCGGCAGCAGAAAAAGCCUGUCAAAAGUCCAGAACCGCCGCAGCAGAAAGAGAAGGCUGUCAAAAGUCCGGUGCCGCCGCAGCGGAAGGAGAAGGCUGUCAAAAGUCCGGUGCCGGCGCAGCAGAAACAGCAGAAGUCAGUCAAAAGUCCAGCGUUAGCUGAGACCCCUGCAAAGAAGAAUUCGGAGCUUGAGAAGGAUACAGUGGUGAGAAGGAUUUUGGGUGAUGAUUUUAAUGAAAUUGAUUUCAUUAGUGUUUCUCCUGCAAAGAUUACUAAGGAUGCUAAGGAUGGUAAGGAUGCCAACGUUCCAGCCUAUGGACGCGGCUUACGGGGCAAGGCCAAGCGUACUGUUACUGUAAAGGAUGAGGCUAUCGAGGAUAAGAAAAAAGCACAGCGGGCAGAGGCUGCGUUGAAGAGGAAGGAGAAGCAAGAGGCUAAGAAAAAAGAGAACGAGGAAAAGAAACAGAAGAGAAAAGCGGCUGAGUUACAAAAGAAACAAGAGGCUGGGUUACAGAAGAAAAAGAAGGAAGACGAGGCUGAGUUAACGAAAAAAAAGAAGGAAAAAGAGGCUGACUUACCGAAGAAGAAGAAAGAAGAAGAGGCUGAGUUACAGCGGUCUGCGGAAUGUGUUGUGACCAACGACGAAGUUCUUGCGGAAGAUAACGCAUUGGCGGCGGAGUCUGAUGUCGAGCCAGCUGAAUUGAUUAGAUUUUCCGUGAUAAAGGAACUUCGGGAGAAAUCAGUUAAGUUAUCUCCACAAGGGUUUUCAUUGACGAACCUUGAUUCAGCACCAGAUUUUCCGUACAUUGGAGACAAUGGACAGACGACUUGCAUGAGGAAGAACAUUACGCCUUCAUCAGUAAUAUACGACCCUUGCGCACCUGUUGAUCCGGCGCGACUGGAAAAACUGAAGCAACACAUUAAGGCAAUUCCACCCAAACCACCAGCACCUAAAGAUAAACCAGAAGAACCCUCAGCUGAUCAUGAGAGUGACUUCUACAGCAUACUCAUGCAUGAAAGACCGUGGCCUGACAAAGAAUAUGGAUGGGUGUUUGAUAAUCAUAUCGCUGCGUAUAUGAACGUCCUCAUACAAAGGUCCAUGCGAGAUCCCACUCCAUUCUGGUCCAAGCGGAUUGGUUUCAUAGACCCUUGGUUGUUAAGUUCUUGGGCUUUCCUCGAUUACAGGCAGUUCAGGAUGAAACCUGCUUCGUUCAAGUUCAAAGACUGUGGUUAUGAAGCGUUGGUAAACGGGAGAUUCCCCGAAGAAUUUGCAACAAACUUGAAGUGGUAUGCAGAUGUGGAUCACGUGUACGGAUGUCUUCAAACCGGCGGUAAUCACUGGGUGGCGUUUCACGUGGAUCUGAUCAAGGAGAAGAUAGAUUGCUACGAUCCAAUCUAUGGAGAGUCAACACCCGAAAGUGAGCAAAAAAUGCUAAAUGCUUUUAGACCUCUACUGGAGAUGCUUCCCUGGAUGUUGAAUGAGCUUAUUCCUGCCGAUCUCCGAAAGCAUUCUAGGAAGAGGUUCGCAUUCAGACGGAGGAGCAAAAGAUAAAUUCCACAAAACAACAUGUCAGGUGAUUGUGGGGUUUAUUCGUUGAAGUUUGUGGAGUGUCUAGCGCUUGGUGUAACUUUUGAUGGCAUAAACGAUAGUAAUAUUCAAGGGUUACAGGUGAAGAUGGCAGCAGAUAUCCUCGAGGAAGGAGGAAAUGUUGGAAUGAACAAUUUGUUUUCAUAAUGAAACUGUGUUUGUUUGUGAACCUGUGUUUGUUGUUAUGUUAACUAUUUGACUUUGGAUAACUGCUGUAAUAACUCAGUCGUAUCGAUUAGUAAUACUCAGCCAGUACUCAUUGAUAACUCAGUCAUACCUCAAACAUACCCUAGAAUCAAAAUAAUUAAUAAUUUUUCAUUCGAAUGUUAUAUAUAAAGUCCAAUUAUCAAAAUAAUUAAUAAUAACUCAAUGUGUGAGCAUGAUCUUUGUUGACUAUACGAGUUUGGAAUCGAUUAUAAUCUUGAGGUAUAUGUUGUCUCUUACGAGUACCUAAAACUCUAGGCAGUGAUAUGAGGUGUGAGCAUGAUUCAAAACACGUAAACUGUUAUUGUGUUAUUUAUUAUGAAUUUGUGAUAUUUAUCAUAUCUUGUGGUUCGUACAUUAUAAAUCAUAACCCUAAACAAUCUUAUUCGGAACCCAAACCCUAAAUAACUAAACCCUAUACCCUAAACGGCAAACAACAAAUCAGCCGUAAAGGUCUUAAUAACUCAGCCUGUUAGUGUAAGUUAAUAUUUACAUAUGGCGCGAAAAUUUUAGAUAUUUUAUCUCGCGACCUUUAAUGUUCUAUACUUCCCCUAUAUAUAGCCCCCUUCUCUUGCACCUUCUCGCCUUAUCUCACUAGAAAACCUAAACAAUAUCUCUAUAUCGCCUUACAAAGUUAUGAUUGUUCCUGGUUAUUCAGAAAGGUUAGAGAACAGAGUCAAUGAGAUACUAAACUCUGAAAAUCGUGAAAACCUUCCCGUUAUAUACCCUGGCCCGGGUGUCUUGCUUGACAGCGUAAUCUGGUUUAAAUUUCUAAGCGAUCUCUCCCUGGCCAUCCCGUCGAUUUUAGCAGAAGGAUGGGUUCAUGAUUGGCCGACAUGGCGCGCCAUUCUCGAUCAUUUUAAGGAACGCUGGUUUCUUCAACUCGCUCGCAAACGCACGUGGGCACGAAGAUAUAAUUUUCAAGUUUGGACAAAUUUUAAUCUGGUGGCCAGAACGGUGUUUCGUUGUCACAUGCGCCUCUUGAAGAGGACGUGGGCACAUGGGGGUGAGAAGCCUGCGUGGAUGCUAACUAGAGUUUGGCGUGAUCUUGUCCACAUGUUUGAAGAAUUUGGUCCUGAUAAUUUUGGUUUUAGAAAUUGAUUUGUUGUUUUUGUUUGUAUUCAGCCGUCAAGUUUUUGUAAAGUUGUUUAACUCAGCCGUUAAGUUUCUAUAAAGUUGUUUAACUCAGCCAUUAAGUUUCUAUUAAGUUGUUUAACUCAGCCGUUUAGUUUCUAUAAAGUUGUUUAACUCAGCCGUUAAGGUUUUAUAAAGUUGUUUAACUCAGCCGGAAUUGUUUGCGUCAAACGUCAGUGUUUCAGUUAAGUAACUCAGCCGUAAUAUGAAUUAAGAUACUAAUAACUCAGCCUUAUAUUGUAAAAAUACAAAGCCAUAGUUAACGCUAUUUUCAAUGUAUUAUUAUGGCCGCCAUUACUUAAUCGAGACCAGUAUUAGAGUCCUUUAUUCUCUUAUUAUUAUACGUGCGAGAAAUUCCAUCGUCAUUGAGAAUAUCGAGACUCAUUAUUAUGGCCGUCAUUACAUUAUCGAGACUACUAUUAUUAGAGACCUUUAUUCUCUUAUUAUUAUGUGCAUGAGAAAUUUCGUUUGCAUUGAGAAUAUCGAGACUCAUUAUUAUACGGCUGGCACGCAUGUAUCGGAUUAUUUACAUAAUCGAGGUAUUGUUAUUUUUAAUGUAACUCAGUCAAUACGUCUACGUUAACUCAGCCAAAAUAUAGACGCUAACACAGCCGUAAUACGAAUUCAACUUAAGUGUUUGAUAAAAUAAUAAAGAACCUUUCGUAUUUCUUGAUUUGAUUGAGUAUUCGUCAUAAUUAAAGUGCAUCACGUGUGUGGAAAAAUACGGCUCAAACCUAAUAUCGAGGCAUUUAAUAGUUUAUUAAUUUAAAUUAUUCCUCUUUAUUUGAUUUUUAAAAAAAAAAAUGAUUUUAUAUUACUAUCACUAUUGUUUUAACUUUGUCUUUCACACCAAUUUCUCUUUCAUUCAAAGAAAAUGUCUUCUUCAUCAUAUGUGUCUGGUAACACUUACUUUCACCGCCGGCAUGUGGAAAGAGGAACGCCGAAACAGUGUUGGUGUGGUGAACCCGCUGAAUUAUGUACAUCUGCAUCACGGGCUAAUCCAGGAAGACUGUACUAUUGCUGUCGCAAAGGAUAUAUUAAGGUUUGAUUUUUAAUUUUAUUCAUUAUACUGUCAAUGUGAUACUAAGAGCUGGGCAUGUUAGUGAAAUCAGAGACAUUUAUUCAAAUGGGCGGACGAGUGCUUGGUGGAAGAGGUAGAAGAUAUGAAAUCGGUGAUGAGUGACAUGACCAAAGGCAUAUCAGAUCUGAGAGUAGACGUUGGUCGGUUGGAGAAAGAACUCGGUAAAGCGGAAAAGAUGAAGUGUUUGAUGUUUCCAGUGGUGGUUUGUGGGUUUGGUAUGGCCAUAUUUUGGCACUAUUUCUUUGCGUAGUCAUGUGUUGUAAUAAUAAUUUAGACGCAAUGUUUUUAGUAACUCAGCUAUUACGUUCAAUGCAACUCAGCCAGUACGUUAAUUAAUUCAUAAUCAAACAAUAACCCAGCCAUAAUACGAGUAUUCGUCAGUCAUAACGUUUUAAUAACUCAGUUAUAACGUUCACUGCAAUUCAGCCGUUACGUUAAUUAAGUCACUAUCAAACAAUAACCCAGCCAUAAUAUGAGUAUUCGUCAGUCAUAAUGUUUUAAUAACUCAGUUAUAACGUUCACUGCAUCUCAGCCGUUACGUUAAUUAAGUCAUAAUCAAACAAUAACCCAGCCAUUAUAUGAGUAUUCGUCAGUCAUAAUAAGAUAGUAACUCAGCUAUAACGUUCAGUGGAAGUCAGUCAUAAUCAAACAAUAACAUAAACAAUAACUCAACCAUAAUAUGAAUAUUAGUCAGCCAUAAAAAGAGACAUACAUAAAUUUCUGGUUCGACAUACAUAAGUUUAGGUUCAAUGGAAGUUCAGUCGUAAAAUUGUUAAUAUUUAAUGAUGUCGAAAAAUAAAAGUUGGCCAAAAGAGUCAUACAUAAUUUAACUCAGUGUCGAGUUAUGUCCUGACACGCAUGUCCGAGUAAUUUACGAUAUCGAGGUCAUUAUAUGUUUAUUUUAUUUGGACACGCGUGAUCUUUAUAUUUAAUAUGAUUUCCCUAUUAUAUUUCCAAUAUUUACAAGUAAAAGAUAAAGGAAAAACCAGAGUCGACUUCUAAAACCUAAAGUAAGUCUCUUUCGUCCAAAAUCGAUUUUGAAUUAUUUUUUGUAUUUUGGCCUUGUUCGAUUUUGCAUUAUUUUUUGUGUGCUAUGAUGUAUAAAUUAGAUGGAUCUACAGCGUGGAAUUCCAAGGACGUGCGACUGUGGAGCUGCUACCAUUGUGUUAACGUCAGGUACAAUAAAGAAUCCGGGUAGAAGAUUUUAUCGAUGUGGAGCAAAUUUGGGUCAAAACCAUGUUUUCAAAUGGCUUGAUGAAGCACAUGAUGAAGAGUUUGUAGUUGUGGCAAACAAACUCGCGACGAUAGAACAGGAUUUGGCCGCUAUAAAAGCAGAAUUAGAUGAUAUGAAGAAAGACAUAACUGAGAUCAUAAAAAUUAUUGAAUGUCUUAGGAUGAAGUCUUAAAUGUAUUAGUUGCUACUACUACUUCUUUGUUCACUCAGAUUCUGUACUCAUAAGUCAGUCUAUGUUUAUGUAACUCGGAUUUAACUCAGCCGUUGUUAAUUUCUUCCGAAACAACAACUCAGCCGUAACAUGUAAUAAUAUCAGUCUUAACGUUUAGGUGAACAAUCAAAAAACAGUCAUAAGAUGAAUAAAUGAGAAUAACUCAGCCGUAAGAUGAAAAUAACUCAGCCGUAAGAUGAAAAUAAGUCAGCCAUAAGAUGAAAAUAACUCAGCCAUAAGAUGAAAAUAAGUCAGCCAUUAGAUGAAAAUAACUCAGCCAUAAGAUGAAAAUAAGUCAGCCAUAAAAACAGAAUAUAUAAUUUUUUGUUCGACAUACAUAAUGGCAUAGCAAAAAACAUAAAAAAGAUAAGAUUCUGAUGCAGAGACAUCUUCACCACUUACUUGUGUCCCUAAACAGGCUUAUCGGUUCAAAAUCACGAAAGAACAAGGAAAUCUCUUUGAUCCAGAAACAGCGCUCACACAUGUUGUCGUCCUUAGUCACAUCAAUGUGCCAUAGGCAGAGACAUUGUCGGUCCACAACAUUUGCACAUUGGCAAAGGUAGAAGGACGGAACAUAAGUAGAAGUGAACAUGGCCUUAAUUUGACGGAACUCGUCAGUAUGCCACAAACCCCAUCCCCAUUUCGCAUCUCGAACAAGUUUCCCGACCCUGUCAACAGUUGCUCUUGGAAUUCUCCGAAAAUACUGCGCAUCACCGUAAAAGAUUGCUUGAGUCAUAGCGUGUGUAUACAUUGCACGCUCAUAUCCUGCAUCUGCUGCACGCUUGAGGAGAGAAAGGCCAUAAUCUUGCUCAUCGUAUGAGUAGAAAAACUGUACACCCUUUACAUAAAUUGUGCUUGGAUUGUUCUCAGCGUAGCAAGUUUUCAACAACUGAGAUGGCAUAAUGAGACCCCAGGGAAAGGAUAACACAUCGAAAUAAUGGUAUACCCUACGCAUCUCUGCUAACGCCUUCAUCGACCUGGACGAUGCUCUGAGGCGGUAGAGAUCUUGGAAGGAGUUACGGGCCACACGUUCAACCACCAUUGCCUGAAGAUCUUCAGACAAUUCAAGCAGAGGGAAAUAUUCCAUUUUCUCUGAGAGGACAGUUGUGUAAAAGAUAGAGAGUUGAAGAUGUGUAAUUGUUUGAGAAGUACCUUAUUUAUCUGCAGUUAACGGUUAUAGUUUCGUAUCGCGGCGUUUCUUAUUUCUUAUUUUGAGCGGGAAUUUAAUCCAUAACUCAGCCGUGUAUUACAAUAACUCAGCCUUAGUUGACUUCGCGACGUUUCGUGUUUCUAGCGGAGAAGUUUUUUUCAACUGCGUUUGAAUAAAAGAGCUGACAUUAGAAAUCACGACAAUUAUUAGGCGUGUGAGUAACAUUAUCUCAGCCAAUGAAGAUUAAUUUCUCUUAAUUUUAUUCGCUACUUUCGUAUUCCACUUUAUAAUCAAUAAUUACGUAGGGGCUAUUACGUAACGUAGGGCAAUUAAGUACGGACAUCUCGUUUUUUGAUGUCUGUGUCUCUCUUGAGUAAUGGGAAGCGGGCAAAUCAAUGAAAAUAAAAACCCAACCAUAAUACAAAAUUUGAAAAACAUUAACGCAGCCGUCAUAGAACAUUAAAACAAAAAAACCCAGCCGUAUUACAACACAAAACUCAGCCGUAUUACAAUUAAUAAUCCAGCCGUUGUGCAAAUCAAUGAAAAUAAAACCCAGUCGUAUUACAACACAAAACCCAGCCGUAUUACAACACAAAACCCAGCC